CYGGGUAGGUGUUUUAAGACGGAUCGUUUUCGCGGGCAGGGCUCUCUCUGUACGCAUGAAGUGGAGAACUUGGUUCUAGGGCAACCAGCGUGUCUUCUCCAUAACGGAGCUCUCUAUUUCAACAGUUUUUUCCCAAGUGGAUUUAUAUUUUUGUUCACUAUGGCUGUUACCGAGGCUCCAUGCGACUUGUCUUAUUGCAAGAUGAGGGGAAUUGUGUCAGUUCUCACUGCUUUUAUCAAGGAGAGGAAAAUGGGUCUGAAUGACUUAAUCUCGAAGCUGGUGUCAAACCCACAUACCUGUCAUCACUCUGAAGUUGACUUCCUCAAGAUCGAUGAGAACCAGAAUGAAGAGCUGGAUGAUGAUGAUGAUGAACUUCUGAAUCCGAUGUGCCUGACGUUCCCCAGAAGCUCUCUAGCUGAGGAGUUGGCGAUCAAACCAAGUGAUUUUGACUACCUGAAAAUCAUUGGCAAAGGGAGCUUUGGGAAAGUCCUGCUGGCUCGUCACCGGGACAGCAACGAGUAUUACGCCGUCAAGGUUCUACAGAAGAAAAUCAUCUUGAAGAAGAAAGAGCAAAAGCAUAUCAUGGCGGAGCGAAGUGUCCUGAUGAAGAAUAUCAAACAUCCUUUCCUGGUGGGGCUGCACUAUUCCUUCCAGACUACUGACAAACUCUACUUUGUCCUCGACUACGUGAAUGGAGGAGAGUUGUUCUACCAUCUACAGAGAGAGAGGGUGUUCCUAGAACCCAGAGCCAGGUUCUACGCUGCAGAGAUCGCCAGUGCUCUGGGAUACCUCCACUCCUUGCAUAUUGUUUACAGAGAUCUGAAGCCUGAGAAUAUCCUGCUAGCCUCUACGGGACACAUUGUCCUGACAGACUUUGGCCUCUGCAAAGAGGGCCUGGCACCCACUGGAACCACCACCACCUUCUGUGGAACGCCAGAGUACCUGGCCCCCGAGGUGCUGCAGAAGCAGGCGUACGACCGCACAGUGGACUGGUGGUGCCUGGGAUCGGUGCUGUACGAGAUGCUCUACGGACUGCCACCCUUCUACAGUCGUAACACAGCUGAGAUGUACAACAAUAUCCUGAACAAGCCUCUCGUACUGAAGCCCAACGUGUCCAACGCAGGAAGAGAACUGUUGGAGGGGCUCCUGCAAAAGGACCGCACCAAGAGGCUGGGAGUGAAAGAUGAUUUUAUGGAGCUGAAGUGCCACACCUUCUUCUCACCCAUCAACUGGGAUGACCUGAUGGCCAGGAAGAUCACACCACCCUACAUUCCCUCUGUGAGCGGGCCCACGGAUCUCAGGCACUUUGACCCAGAGUUCACCCACCUCCCUGUGACCUCGUCGCUGUGCAACACGGACGGCCUGCUGGUGACCAGUAGCAUCAAGGAGGCAGCUGGAGCCUUCCCAGGCUUCUCCUAUGGACCCACUGAUGGCUUCAUGUGAGGGACUCUAUUCUCAUCACCUCUAUUGAUGAUGAGAGGGGGAUGGGAACAAAUAGAGACACAGGCAGAGACAUGCACCAUGUACUGUAUGAGUGGUGUGGGAGGUGUUCAUGGUCUGUUAAGAAGGCUCCUGAACAUGCCUGAGAGGAAAACAAGGGGGGUCUAGAACUCCAGAUCUCCUGGGAUUGUUGCAUGUACAUCGCAUGGGACUCCAAUCUUCAAUACCAAUGACCCUACUUACCUGAUGCAAAGUGUGCCAAGGUGGGAUGUUGUUUUGUACUACAGGGAGAAAGGACGUUUCUCUCUAAUCGCUGUGGACCACGACCGCUGUCGGAAAGAGGAGUGAAGUGGCUGAAGUUUCACGGCAGCGGAAACCCGAGAGCAGUACUGCGCCGACGCGGCUAGGCUACAUCAAACACAGACUGUAGAGGUCCCUGCCUUCCUGAUCAUUCUGUAUAUAUAUUGAAGACUUACAUGUCACAAUGCAUUUGUUGUCAAUUGUUAUGUGAAUGCUGGAUUGCACUUGAGGCAUUGAGGGUGAUUGCAUUGUUUAAGCAUCCACUCUGUCUCAUGUUCAGCUGCAUAUCUGUUCACCCUCAAAAUCAUACUAUUAAUCUGUUCACCCUCAAAAUCAUACUAUUAAUCUGUUCACCCUCAAAAUCAUACUAUUGAUCUGUUCACC